GACCACGAACAUCCUGAGGGUUCGUAGCCAUUAGUCAUCAUGUCUGAAACUGAUAAGACUGAGAAUGCAGAGGCAAAAGAGACUAAGGAUAAAGAGGAGUCAAAGGAGGUAGACGAAUCACAGGAGGGGGAUGGGAAAAAGGAAGGAGAUGCUUCAGGAGAAGCAAAGGGAGAAGGAGAAGGAGAAGAAAAGAAAGAAGGAGGGGAGGAGGAAGGAGGGUCUGCUGAAGGAGGUGCAGCAGCAGCGGGGGGGGCUGCUCCAGAGGGGGCCCCUCCUACGGGGGAGAAUGGCGAGAUCGUGGGAGGACCCCGAGGACCCCAGCAGGUGGCAGCACAGAAACGACUUCAACAGACUCAGGCGCAAGUCGAUGAGGUUGUGGGAAUAAUGCGAGUCAACGUGGCAAGAGUAUUGGAACGUGAUCAGAAACUGUCUGAACUUGAUGACCGAGCAGAUGCCCUUCAGCAGGGAGCCUCACAGUUUGAGCAGCAGGCUGGAAAACUAAAGAGGAAAAUGUGGUGGAAGAACAUUAAGAUGAUGAUCAUUAUGGGAGUUCACGGUCUACUUGUCUUCAUCAACAUUGUGGGGCCCUACCGUCCAAAGGGAAAUGAAAAACAAGAGGACAAUGUAGUCAACAAUAACGCUAAACCCAUCAAAACAGCCAACAUCAGGCAUAACGCCAAUAACGCCCAUCAAUCUUUGAAGUCAAGUUGGGCUUAG